AUGACCAUGGGACUCACCCUGACGGCUUCCUCCUCCAUCGACAUGGUUGCCUACUCCGACGUUGAUUGGGCUGGCUGCCCGGACACGCACCGCUCUAUGUCUGGCUAUUGUGUCUACCUCGGGCCUUCGCUCAUAUCAUGGUCGUCCAAGCGGCAGCCCAUAGUCUCUCGCUCGAGUGCCGAGGCGGAAUAUCGGGCAGUGGCUAACACCGUUGCUGACUGCUCUUGGCUCCGUCAGCUUCUCCAGGAGUUGCUUUGUGUGGUCCCCAAGGCCACGAUCGUCUAUUGUGACAACAUCUCCGCCGUCUACCUCUCCGCCAACCCCGUCCACCAUCGUCGUACGGAGCAUAUUCAGCUCGACAUUCACUUCAUACGUGAGCAGGUGGCUCUCAGGAAGACAAGUAGAGGCCGGUCCACCUUGUACCUAUAUAUGUACAUCAUGCACACGAUCAAUGAAUUAUCGAUGCAUGCAAUCCCUUCUUUCCAACUAACACGGAGCAAAGACACGCUCGUCCGCGCCCUCCCCAUCCUCAUCGGUGGCGCGUCACUCCUCGAUGUCCUCCUCAACCGUGUCGUUUCCGGCAUCGCCGCCGUCUCCGACGCCUCCAGUUCGCAGUCGAGGGCCAACAUACUCACCUUGGCGCUCUUUGUAACUGAUAUCCUGGCCGGCCUUGUUUGGCUGUCAAUCCGCCCGAAAACCAUUUCUUCGGUCGCUCCUCGAGGUGUCGAUUGUAAGCGAGUAGAUGAGGAUGUAUCAAGUUCUGCUCUUCGUGAACUACUUUGGACAUGGGAUUCCCCGAUGGUUGCAACUUGUUGCAAAUCAUUGGUUGUUGUGUAUGGAGGUAAUUGCAAACUUCAAAUUGGGGUUGCUGCUGCCUCUCCAGAAGAUGGUAAUGUUGUUGAUGUGGAUGCACAGAAGUUCAUGCAAGGUUCCCUUUACAAGAGUGCCAUGGAAUCCAAGAAACAAUCUUAUCUAGCAAAUCUUGCUUUGUAUCCUGGAAGGACUGAGCUACCAUUUCUGCCAAAUAACACACAGGCCCUAAUAUUGCAGCCAAUUGGUGAUAAAGGAAUUGCAGUUAUUGGUGGUGACACUACAAGGGCGUUCACUAAUCUUGAUCAGGCAUGGAUUGCUAUGAUUGCAGACAAGUUGGAUGCUACAUUGUCAAAGCCUUAAGGUUGCAUUGUUUGUUGGAUAUUCGAUUAAUUGCCAUUUUACUCUGAAGUGGUCAUGCAAUCUUUACCUGAUCCCAGAAUUCAUCAAGGUGAUGUACAGGGCCUGGUAUUGGAAAAAAUUUGAGCAAUUUGAUGGGAUGGCUAGUUUGACAAAAAUUAUGGGAUUGUAAUAUGCCCAAUGGAAAAUAAGGCGCAUGAUCCUAUACUUCUAAAAGUUUCUGCAGUGAAUUGUCAAUGAGGAGCACAUGCCUCAUUUACAGUUCAUUGCCCUCUUCAAUCUGUCAGUUAAUACUUUAGCCCUGAUAUCAGAAAAUGCAAAGCAGGUUGUUGUUGUUAUUAUAGGGGUGGUGCCUAACUUGAUUCCACAUGACUUACUCAAUGAUAGUAUGCUGACUGUUAUCGUAAAAA